AUGAAUUUUCAUUCACCAUCAGAGCAACAAUUAACAGAUAGAGCUGAGAGUUUUUGUAAAGCAUUAGAAGGACGUUGGGCUCUCGGGGAUUGUGGAAAUUCUGUUAUAGUUUUUGUUUGGAGACAUUAUAAAAAGUUUAAAAAAUCGAAAAAAAAUGAAGUUAAAAAAUAUUUUAGAUUAAUUAUUUGGCCUGCAAGAUUAGCAGAACGUUAUAUAACACACGGUGAACGUAAAGCAAUUCUUGCUCGUGUAAAUGAUUUAGUCCAAAAUGGAUGUGUUUGUGCGUUUCGUUGUUGCGGGAAUUUAUCUCCUGACGAAAAAUCUGGGAGUGUAUUAGUUGAUUCCUCAGCCAGUUUUAGUCUACCCCCAAUGAAUUGCCAAUUGCCUAUUACAUCUACAACAUUACAUUCCUCUCAUCAACAAAUUUCUAGAAUGCCUUCUUCUCCUUCAGCUAUUCGAAGAUCUCCUACACCUCCUCCCCAACCUUCUCAACUUAGUUAUAUGGCCUUUUCUGAUACUACAAUUGUUUAA